UCUGGUCAGCUACAUUCAUGAAUAUAGCUACACACACGCACGACUGAGCCAUUUGUUCUUGUGAGCUCGCAUGUCUCAGCUGCAUGUCCGUCUCACUAGACUACAGGAUCAGCCGGUCGAAGAGCAGUUUUCCGCCGCUCAGCAACACGCUGUAACUACUCACGCCUCCUACACCUUGACUCCAGGACACAGAAAGAAAGAUGUUUGACACACCAUGGAUACAGCCUACGACUCAUCGACAUUUAAAACAGAUCAAGCCUGUGCACAAAGUCCGAGAAGCAGACGACCAUGAAAACUCACAGGAGAGAAACUCCCACAACUGAAGGAGCACUAGCAGACCAUUUUCAACGGCCAGGAGAAGAUUCGAACAGCCACAUUAACCCAAAAAGGGACGCUGCCUUCAAAUUACAGCCGCAUACAUCCCAGCAGCAUUCGUCCCAGCCUUCUACAUCAGGCGAUGAAGAGCUGGUGACAAGUGGAAAAGGACGGACAGCCGAGAGCUCUCAGAAGGACGUCGAUGAUUGCGAGAGGGAAGAUAAGCCCUCACAAACCUGUAUCAACGCUGCCUCUUCAGAUAUGACAGCAGAAACAGAUGAAAAGGAGAUUGUUGUGGGAUCCCUCAGUGACGAAAGAAACGAUGAGUACCCCACCUUGGAGGAAAGGGACGAAAACCGAAACAGGACACCCACAGAGAAAGAAGAUGUGAACAAAGGAAGAGAAGUUGAAGCAUUAGAGUAUUCUCAGUGUGAACCACAGUUUGCAGUAAACAGAGGAGAACUAGAAGAAGGAAGUCUCCCACAGUGUGACACAUAACCAAAAUAGCCACGGCACAUUUUGUUUUAGCGAGUUUUGUAGUGAAUUCACUUUGUAGCUAACGAGUAUUUGUUUAUUCAAAGAGCAGCUGAGGUAUGCAUUAUGGUAUCUGCUGUUUUGUCUCAAUCGCA